AUGUCCAACUUCCCCGUCGCUGCACACGUCGCUGAGCUCGAGCGCGACGCUCCCAAGCUGAGCGGCCUCCUCGCCGACGCCAAGGGUAAGGUCAAGGACGUCGAUACGAUCCUUGCCAACGAAGAGCACGUCGAGAAGUGGACUCAGGCUAGUGAGGCAUACACUCAGCUGAUCACCGCAUCCGAAGACGCCGCAAGCGGUGCCAUCGCGUUGCUCAAAUCCUACCUCGCCAUCGGUGGCGAUAGGGACCCUCCUUCCGCGGAGGAGAAGAUUGCCACGUUGACCAUGUUCUCCGCCAAAGCGGAGUCGAUCUACUCUGAAACGAGCUUCACCGCCGAGACCGACGCGCUCUUCAAGUCGUUCAAGGCCAUCUCCGACGACCUGCAGCGCGUCGUCGACGACACCGACAAAGAGGACACCGAGGAAUGCGAUGAGGCGGACGCCGAAGUCGCCAAGCUCAGCAAAAAGAGCGAGCACGGCAAGGCUGAGGACGACAACAAGAAGCCUGCCGCUGGCUACAAGAGCAAGCCGGUCCCUCGCGUUGACACCGUCAAGAAGCAGCUUGAGGAAGCCCAGGCCCGCCUCAAGCGUGCGCGCGCUGCUCAGGAGAAGCACAAGCCUCUGCUCGGGCUCGUGGGCUCGGUCGAGAAGAGCGUCGAGGAGGUGUGUCGCAUGCUCAAGCGGCACGGCGAGCUCUUUUGCAUCGUGUUCGACGAGCAGAAGGACAAGCUCGUGAAAGAAAUGCAGGACCGCAUCACGGCGCUCCAGGCCGAGAAGGACGGCGGGAACCUUUCGCAGAAGGAGCAACGUGAGCACAACUCCGCCCGCCGUCACGCUGAAGAAGCGCGGCCGUACUGGACGAAGCUCGCAGAGCUGUACGAUGGGUACGCCAAAUGCAGCAAGUAG